UUUAAGCUGCACUGUUCAAGGUGGGCUGGUGAUGGGUACUGGUAUUGUUGCAGACAAAAACGGAGUAUUCUCAACGAUUCCUUCCCUCGUGUUGUUCCAGGUGCAAUGAACGUCUUUGGUAGUGGUGCAUGUAUAUGUACCUGUUCCGCGGUACUGCUCAACCUACAUUGCAAAACCGUUUGGAACUCCGACAUCAUUUCGCGAAACUUCAAAUACAUCGGCCCGAUCAGCUGGGCCAUCCCUAUGGUCAUGACUGUCGUCGCCCUCGACUUGACCGAAAUCUCCUACGAGUUUGGGUCAGCGUGUUUUCUCAAACACCGGCGGGCACUGAUCAUCUUCUUCUAUCCCUAUCUUCCCGUUAUUGGUUUGGGCGUUCUCCUGCACGCGUCGACUCUGAUGUACGUAUGCAAAAUCGCAUUCCUUGCCGACCGCCACGCUAUCUUCAUACCUUCCGAAACGAUUACGGGGAGUUGGGACGGGACCAGCGGAACGAGACGACGAGUGUUACAGCUGUGGAAGACGAGUUGGAGGAGUAUGGCGCUGGUGACGGUCUACCUUGCGAGUUUCGCUUACUAUUGGUAUUUCUACGUGCAGGAUGCCAUUCCGCAGAAGAUAUCGAUGGAUACCAAAGUCAGCUGGUUAACUUGCAUACUAAGUCCAGGGGGCUCCCAAGAAAAAUGCUCACCUAUAAUCACACCUUCUGUCACAUCCCUCCGUCUCCUCAUCCUGGCCGAGAUGAUUCCCGGCCUCCUCGGGACGUGGACAUUUAUAAUAUUCGGUUUUCGCAAAGCCAUCCUCGCGGAAUGGAAGGAAUUUUUCCGAAUACGGAGAUCCCGCUGGUUCAAUCUGAGUCGCGAACGGCGACGGCAGAGGCGCAAAGACGUACGGCCGGCAUGUCCCAUCUCCACCGCUGUCGCGAAUAGACGACGCACAUACCGAUCGCCUACGGCUGCGAGAAAUUCCCUACUGGAUCCGGAGUACGAGAUUGAUGUGCAGGCGGAGAAUCAGCCGCAUUUGCCAUAUGCGUUUGACGGGCCCAUGGCGGGGAAGCCGGUCGAGGGGUUGGCGUGGCCUGUUAGAGCGGCCGGGAGGGAAAUGUCGCGUGCGGCGGGGUUGGACGGCUCGUUGACGAACCCGUUCAUCGUCAAGAGCAGUCAUCAUAGGGGCAGGACGGACGGCUCUCAUACCAACAUCGACGACCUCCUGACCAACUCAUCGUUAACGAGCUUGUCUCGAGGAACGACGGUACUGAAAGACGAAGAAGAGUCCGGUGGUUUGCCUCUCGCCUUGCUCCCGAGCACCGUCACGCGGGCGUCACUAUCCAGCCAACGAUCAGACACUACCACCCUCACCUACCCAUCCCCGCCAUCACGGCACAUCUCGCAUCUCUCGUAUUUCUCGGUCACGCCGCCCAAUGAAACUCAACAAGCGCACGAUGAAUUGGACCUGCAGCAACGACUUUCGCAUUCGCAACUUCAGUAUUCGACCCAGUCACCUUGGCGGUGAUUGACAUACCCUUUCUUUCUUUCUUCAUGCAAAUACUUCUUUUGAUCGAUAAUCAUUUAGCCGUUGUAGGACUGUCUCUAUAUAUCCACGCAACCCCAUUUUACGGCGUAUUCACCGUCCUUUCUCUCCACUCCAAGGCCUUUCUCCAUUUCAUUUUCCAUUUGUACAUAGCAUCUUUAAUGGUAUCAUUUGCGGGCUUUUACAUUCUGACGAUUUCAA